AUGACGCAGCUCUUCGCUUCCAACCCGUCGGCCGUGACGAACGAAAAACGCGGGAUCUUGACAUCCAAGAAGCACGCCGGCGAUUCGAGCCACUUCCCUACAAAGAUUAAGAACUUUUUUCGCAUCAACAGUUCUGGCAACAAUUCCUCUGCUCACACUGGCCAUCAGAGCAGCAGCGGUAGCCAUCACAAUAGUAACGAUCGGGAUAGGGACGGCAGCCCUUCCACCGCCGCCAAGACCGAGUCCAAGUCCGCUUUUAGACAAUCCCGUUUCCUGCCCACCAUCGGCCGCAAUCGAUCUACUACUGUCGCUAGUGAAGGCAACCCGCUUGAUGAUGGCGUGUCCCCGACUGCAACAGCAAAUCCAUACUUCGUCCACCAAGGGCAACCGUCCCUCCAACAUCGCAAUGACGGCUCGGUCCCCUCGUCCCCUCCGGAUACUCCCGAACUGCAAGUUGACGGUGUCUCCGCCGCGGAGCAGGCAACCACCGCCAACAAGGAGGAACUUGCUCGCAAACUUCGCCGUGUCGCUUCAGCCCCGAAUGCCCAAGGAUUGUUCGUGAGCGGCCAGACCAAUGACCGACCUCAGACGGCAGAGAUUGGGAAAGAAAUUCUAGUCGAGCAGGCGAUCGUUGAUGAUGAUGCGACGACGUUGGCAGAUGCAGACCCUAGCCUUUCUGUUCCUACUCUAGGUCCAAACGGCAAAAUCCCCUCCCCCGGCCAGAUCCGUGAUGCCGUUGCCUUCCGCCGGACAUACAGCUCGAAUUCGAUCAAGGUUCGCAAUGUAGAGGUGGGACCGAGCAGCUUUGAUAAGAUAAAAUUGAUUGGCAAGGGUGAUGUGGGUAAGGUGUAUUUGGUCCGUGAGAAGAAGACAAGCCGUCUAUAUGCCAUGAAGGUUCUGAGCAAGAAGGAAAUGAUCAAGCGAAAUAAGAUCAAGAGAGCACUGGCUGAGCAGGAAAUUCUUGCCACCAGCAACCACCCGUUCAUUGUCACUCUGUAUCAUUCAUUCCAGUCAGAAGAUUACCUCUACCUUUGCAUGGAAUACUGCAGUGGCGGUGAAUUCUUUAGAACUCUUCAAACACGUCCCGGGAAAUGCAUCUCCGAAGAUGCUGCACGAUUCUACGCAGCGGAGGUCACCGCCGCUCUAGAAUACCUUCAUCUUAUGGGUUUCAUCUAUCGUGAUCUGAAGCCUGAGAACAUUCUCCUGCACCAAUCAGGCCACAUUAUGCUGUCCGAUUUUGACCUGUCCAAGCAGUCUGGACCAGGCGGUGCUCCCACAAUGAUUCCAGCACGAAGCGGCAAUUCUACAACCUCUUUGCCUACUAUCGACACCAAGUCCUGUAUUGCCGAUUUUCGAACAAACUCCUUUGUCGGCACUGAAGAGUACAUCGCACCAGAGGUCAUCAAAGGUUGCGGGCAUACUAGCGCUGUCGAUUGGUGGACCCUUGGUAUUUUGAUCUACGAGAUGCUCUACGGGACAACACCCUUCAAAGGGAAGAACAGGAACGGCACAUUCGGUAACAUCCUGAGGGAUGAGGUGCAUUUCCCUGAAGGUGCUGGAGCACAGCCGAUCUCCAACAUGUGCAAGUCGAUAAUCCGCAAGCUAUUGAUUAAGGACGAAACUAAGCGUCUCGGCGCUCGGGCCGGUGCGUCUGAUGUCAAAACCCACCCCUUCUUCCGGCAGACGCAAUGGGCCCUCAUUCGCCAUAUGAAGCCGCCAAUGAUCCCACACCAGGGCCGGGGUACCGACACUUCCAACUUCCGCAAUGUCAAGGAAAGUGGCAGUGUCGAUAUCGGCGGAAACAACAACAACAAGAUGAAGGGUGUUCCGAUGGACUCAGGCCUUGCUACACCCAAUGGAGAGGUCAAUGACCCCUUUGAAGAGUUCAAUAGUGUUACUCUUCACCACGAUGGGGACAUGUGA